GUAGCGUGUUAGUUCUAAUUAAUACGGUGUUAGUUAGCCUUCGCAGCUCAUGUUUGUUUUAAUUUCAACUCAAACAUGAUGUGUUUGCAGCACUCACUCUAUGGCUUGGAGGUGAACAAUUACGAGCUUUAUUUGAACUUCAUUGACAAAUAUACCGCAUUCCGCAUAGAGCAUCUCUUGAUCCCUUUGGUCAGGGACGACCAUUGGCAUCUUGUAGAAGUUGACCUUAAAGAUAAAGUCGUCAAGCAUUACAGCUCCGCUGGGCACGAAGCUUGGAUGGAGCCUGUUAAUAAAAUCAUAAAAUUCUUUGAUGCCCAUCAUGCUGAUUUUAUUGAAGAUAAUGUGCGCCAAAUAUUUAGAUAUCAAGCCAUCAAAUGCGAGCAACAAAGAGGACGCUUUGACUGUGGUGUGUUCGUCUACCUCUUUGUAAAAUCCAUAAUUGAAGGACGAUCAACAUUGCUGGUUAAUCCUCCGAACGAUAUCCCUGAAGCUAUGCGAGCAAGACUUGCCGCACAAUUAUUACUGGCUGGUUUUGAACAAAGACAUAAAGAAGAAACAGUGUACAGUGAUGAAUGAUAUGUUCAUACAAAUACAAUAAUGUAUGUAUAUUUAAGUAAUUGAAAAUGAUUGUU